AGAGGUCAGUGAAUGGUGCAAAUAAGGUUGCUGGACGCACGCAACAACAAAAACGUCACGUUUCAACGGAGUCACGUUGGAUGAUCAGAACAAAAAUCUGAACAUAUUUAAAGGCGUGAAACCUCCAACACCCAGACGCUAACGAGGCAGCAUCAUGAGUAGAAUAUCCACCCUCAUAUCUGUGAAAUUGCUGGCUGAGAAAAUCGCUUCUAAUCAGUCCAACGUACGCGUUUUGGAUUGUUCUUGGCACCUUCCAUCAAGCAAAAGAGUUGCGAGAAAUGAAUAUUUGCAGCAGCACAUACCAGGAGCACUGUUCUUUGACAUAGAUGAAUGUUGCAGUCACGAGACAGACUUGCCUCACAUGCUUCCUUCCGCAAAACAGUUUGAAGAUUAUGUUGGAAAUUUGGGUAUAAACAAUAACACACACGUUAUUGUUUAUGACACGAACGAAAACUUUGGCAUUUUCUCAGCUCAGCGAUGUUGGUGGAAUUUUAGAGUAUUUGGACAUUCUGCAAUUUCCAUUCUUGAUGGUGGCUUAUGUCAGUGGUCCAAGGAAGGGCAUUCAUUAACAUCGGAAAUCCCUAAAGUUGAGCGACAGAUUUUUAAAGCAAUAUUCAAUCCGUCACUGGUUUGGAGGUUUGAAGAUGUCGAAAAGAACAUACAGACGAAGCACCACCAGCUUGUGGAUGCUCGAGCAUCUGGUAGAUUUCAUGGCACAGCCCCUGAACCAAGAGCUGACACCAAACCUGGCCAUAUACCUGGUUCUCUGAAUAUACCUUUCCAUAAUGUGAUGAACAAAACAACCAAAACAUGGAAAUCUCCAGAGGAACUGAGGAAAAUGUUUGCAGACUUUGAAGUAGAUCUAGAGAAACCUGUGACUUUUUCGUGUGGUUCAGGUGUUACUGCCUGUACCUUGGCUGUUGCUGCAAAUCUAUGUGGCAAAGAUGAUGUUCAGAUCUAUGAUGGCUCUUGGACAGAAUGGUUCAGGAGAGCUAAUCCAGAGCAGAUGGAAGAUGUACCUGAUGAAAUACCAGAGUGAAACUCAUUCCUGACUUCCUUUUUUGGCAUGAACAGUCUGUGCCAAAACUUUUAACCUUUUGGCUGGCUCUUGAGACCACCAGAGUCUAAGAAUCUACUGGAUCAAAGCAGAAACAAUGGCCAUAAACUGAAUUUAAAUUUUUAAAAUUUUAGCGACCCACACAUCGAUUUUAUUGGCAUUCAGUGAGGGCCAUAUACAAACAUUGCAGACUGCAUGAGAACUUUAAAAAUGUUACUACAUGUAGUAUCUUGUGUUGUUUAAUCACUUUGCUUUAUAACUUAUGAAAAUAUAUUGCUUAUUUAAUGUUCUGUAUGGAGAAUUGUCACACUGUGAUAUUUUCACUUUUUGUGUUAUAUAUUGUUACUAUACAACCAUUACAGCUGUUAUGUUGUAUAUGAGUAUGUAAUUUGUACCUUGCCAUUUCCAAGGUUGUUAUUGAAUAAAAAUGUUACAUGUACUAAACCAAAUAUAUUGUAAUAGUUUGCACUGUCAUGAAAUAUUGCAAUAAAAUUGAUUGUGUAUCA